AUGGCUUCGUCAACAUCAGCAGUAAUGAAGUGCUUCUGCAGAAAGCACUGUGGGUAUCAUGGGUGUUUGGUUCCUCGAUUGACGAGGUACAAGCACCAGAAGAAGCAAACAAGCGUUGGAAACCGUUCAUCCCAGCAUGCGCGUAGACAAUUGCAACCUGCGGCAGACAGCAAUGCUCUGGAGAUCGAGAUGGAGAGUAGAGCUGAGGAGGGAGACACCGGCCAAGAGAAUACAAGGAACAACGAGGAGACUGAUAUCAAGGCGACUGGGUGGGGAUCCCCAAUUGGUACUGGAGAGGGGAUUGGGGAACAAGUGGAUGGAGGGGGUGACGCUGCUGGUCCCAAUGAGACACUCGGAGGUAAUGUGGCCAGUACUGAAGCCGAAAGAGAGGCGGAGAAAGAGGACGAAGAAGAUACCCUACCAAUUUUCUUUACGGAGAGUUGUAUUGAAGACAUCAAUAUCACAAAUACAUUCAUCCAACUCAUUCAUGGAGCCAGGCUUGACAACCAGUGCAGAAGACUGAGUCAUGAAACCAUUCAGCAGAUCAGGAAUCCUCUUCGAGAUCCCCCCGUCCUCACUCUCGACAAAAAGCUUUUGAUUGACGUCUACUUUGCUGUCAACAGCCAUGCAUCUAUCGAGACCUAUGAAUCAAUGCGCCGAGCCGUUCUACGUUGCUACCCUUAUUCGGAAAUCCUAUCUUACCACUGUGUCAAAAAGCUUGUCGGACACAUCACUGGUGUUCUCUAUGUGACACAUGAUAUGUGCAUUCAGUCUUGCCUCGCAUACACAGGGCCAUUUGCGGAUAUGGAAGAAUGCCCCAAGUGUGGUGAGCGGCGAUACGACGCUAACGAAAGUGGAUCCAUUGCACAACAGACAUUCAAUACUGUCCUCCUUGGUCCACAGCUUCAAGCACUACAUCAAUCACCUGAAGCUUCCGCCAAGCUGCGCUAUCGCAAACACAUUGUCGAAGAAAUCUUGAAAGACUUGUGGACAAACAGAGGGGAGAAAACCCAAUCAUAUACCAACUUCUUUGACGGAAGCGACUUCCUUGAUGCACUCCACAAUGGCCAGAUUGGGGCCGCCAACUUUGUGGUGGGCUUGUUGCUUGAUGGUGCUCAACUAUAUUGCAAUAAGUCUUCCGACUGCUGGAUUGGAAUCUGGCUAUUAUUUGACUUUUCCCUGAUGGUCCGCUACAAGAAGAAUCACAUUAUGCCCAGUUUUGUUGUCCCUGGUCCCAAUAAGCCAAAGAACAUGGAUAGCUUUCUAUUUCCAGGUCUCCACCACAUUGCGGCACUGCAGAACAAGGCUGAAAGGCUGAAGGUGUUGGUAUGGCGGAUACUCUGGGUAUGGCAGCUUUCUCUGGUGGGGUUGGACAUCACGGGAGACAAGGCUGUUGUUCACACUGUGGUUUGGUUGGACAACAUGAGGUUUUCCGGCUCUGGCAUAUACAAUCCUGCCCUCCUGAAGCCGAUUGGAUAUUCUAUGCAUAGAUGCGAUCACGAGGACGUAAAUCUUGUCAAGCUACUUGAGAACUGUAACUGGGACUCAGUCCGCCAGCGGUACAACUGGAAUCUCACUCUGGUUUGUUCCUCACAAAACCCAACCCAAUUCGAGAAGAAUUGCCUCAAGACUGGGAUCUGCAAGCCAACAAUCAUGAGCGGAGUUCCUGGGGACCAUCAACUAGGGGUUCCUGAUAUCUUUUGCCUUGAUUUCAUGCAUGCCCUGUCUCUUAACCUUCCGGAUCUCUUACUUUCUCUGUGGCGUGGCACCAUAGACGCUGGUCGGACGGACAAUAAAGCGGAAUGGGACUGGGCUGUACUUGUUGGCAACACAUGGAAGAAUCACGGUGAUGCGGUCGGCAAUUUGAAGCAAUGGUUUCCAGGCUCAUUUGAUCAGACUCCCUGA